AUGGGCUUCUCCGAUCUCAUCCAAGACACCAUCAAUAAGCACACCGGCGGCGGUGACAACAACAACAGCAACAACAACAACUCCUCCUACGGCGGCGGCGGUCCUCCCAGCUACGGCAACGAAGGCGGCUACAGCGCCGGUGGUAGCAGCCAGUUCAACACCCCUCACGGCGGUAACCCUUCUUCCUACGGUGGUAACCCCUCUUACGGCGGAAACCCUUCCUACGGCGGCGGUGGUCCUCCCAGCUACGGUAACGACGGCGGCUACAGCGCCGGCGGCAGCAGCCAGUUCAACACCCCCCACGGUGGAAAUCCCUCCUACGGUGGUAACCCCUCCCACGGCGGCGGUCCCAGCUACGGCAACGAUGGUGGCUACAGCGCCGGCGGCAGCAGCCACUACAACACCCCUCACGGAGGAAACCCCUCCUACGGCGGCGGCGGACACUCAUCGGGCUACGGCUCCGACGACGACUUCAACCCGGCGGUCUCGCACGCCCAGGCGGAGCACAACGAAGACAGCUCGCUAUUCAACACUGCCCUGUCAUUCAUCAAGGACCGGAAGCAGCAGUACGCGCAGAAGGACAAUGACAUCGACGAGGCGCAGAUGGUGCAGUCGCAUCAGGCGCUGUACGGUGGCGGCGGGGACAGCAACCGGGCUCACGACUCGAACUCCCUCGGUGCGGGAGCUGCCAUGCAGGCGUUGAAGAUGUUCACGUCGGGAGGUGGCUCUUCGUCGGGUGAGAGCAGCGGUGGUAGUGGAGGCAUGGAUAAAAAUAAGUUGAUUGGGAUUGCCAUGGCUCAGGCGAGUAAGUUGUGGGAGGAGAAGAAUGCGAGUGGGGGUGGUGUGUCCGAGGACAAGCAGUCUGCUGUGAACAAGGCCGCCGAGAUGGCGCUGAAGAUGUACAUGAAGAACCAGGGCAGUGGAUCGACCGGCACUGGAGGGCCCGGCGGUGGUUUGAUGAGCUUGGCCAGCAAAUUCUUGAAGUAA